AAAUAUUUACUAAUUAUAAUAUAUAUUGUGAAGAUGAUGAAGGAAUGUGGUUCAAGUGGUUCAAGCUCAUCAUCUUCAUCAAUUGGAGAUCAUCUACUGCCGGGGUAUCGCUUUGUGCCCACUGAUUAUGAAUUACUGAUUCACCUCCACUACAAAAUCAACCAUGGCGUCGCCCUAACUCCGCAUAUCAGAGACGUCCGCCUCUACGAUUCCCACCCCCAAGCACUCACAGAGACGUAUCCAGCGGUGGGAGACAACGAAUGGUAUUUCUUCACGCCGAGGAAUCGGAAGCAUCCGAAGGGAUUCCGGCCGGAUCGAGUGGCCGGCGGCGGGUUCUGGAGGGCGACGGCGACGGUUAAAAAAGUGAAGCACGAAGGCAGAGUGAUUGGGCAGAAGCAGACAUUGGUGUAUGACACCGGUAUAAAUAAACAAUCGGAGAAGACUAGUUGGAUGAUGCACGAAUACACAGCUCAUCGUGAUCACCCCACCGCCAUAACUCGUGCAAAUCGCGCCACGCAAUUCAACAAUGUUAAUAUUGGGGGCGAUGUCGCUGCUGCUGCUGCUGCACCAAAGAUGCAUGAACAAGAUUUGUUCAGUCUGAUAAAUGGCAGCGAGGCGAUGCAAGGAACACCAAUGUCUCCACAAGAUUAUGUUCAAACAGUUGAUGAUCACAACAUUAGUGAUGUUGAUGUUAAUGCAGGAGCAGGAGUUGAGCAGUUGUGCAAUGGCAACAACGCGGUGGUGCAGAGAAAUCAUGAAGAUGAGAUGAAAAGAGUAUAUGAGGAUGCUAGGUUUUCCUCCCAUCGUCUCUUGAGUUGA